AAUAUCUUCUGUUUUGGAGGAUUUCUGCAUGUGUGAGCGAUGGAUGCAGGGAUCAUUUUCUCCUGACAUGAUAAUCACACUCUUCAUGUCUCUUGAUGUCCACAGACUUUGUUCCCAAGACCAGGAACGACUUCCUACAAUAUUCCCAACGGUUCACUGUGGAUCUGAACACAGUGAGUGAACGCCUCCGUCUGUCUGAGGGGAACACAAUGAUUACUGUCACUGACACAGAUCAGUCGUAUCCUGAUCAUCCAGACAGAUUUGAUCAUUAUCCUCAGGUGUUGUGUAGAGAGAGUGUGAGUGAUCGACGCUCUUACUGGGAGGUUGAGAAGAGUGAGAGUGUGUAUAUAUCAGUGUCAUAUAAGAGCAUCAGCAGGAAGGGAUCGGGUAGUGAGUGUGAGUUUGGAUCUAAUGAUCAAUCCUGGAGUUUGAGAUGCCUUAUUGUGGGAUACUCAUUCACACACAAUAACGGACACACUAUUCUCCCUGUAAAGCCCAUCAUCAGUAGAACAGUGAAUGGGAAGGAUUACUAUAAAAUUGGAGUGUAUGUGGAUCACAGUGCAGGAACUCUGUCCUUCUACAGCGUCUCUGGAGACACAAUGAUCCUCAUCCACACAGUCCAGACCACAUUCACUCAACCACUCUAUCCUGGGUUUAGGGUUUAUUAUAGAUCAUCAGUGAAACUGUUAUAGAGUCUCUUCAUGACAUUAACACUGAAAUAUCACGACACAAUAAAUGUGUGUUAAUGACUCAAAAUCACAUGAUGAAAUAAAUGUUGAAAUAUUGUAAUAAAUGUUGAACUCAGUGUUCAUGUA